AUGAAGUUUGGCAAAGCCCUCGAAAAUUAUGCCGAUUCCAUGCCUGAAACGUGGCGCCCAUAUGUUAUUCACUACAAGGCCCUCAAGAAGAAGAUUCAUGCCAUUGUGCAGGAGCUCGAUGAUCGAGAUCUCGAGUCGCCAGUCAAUGAGAUCGUUCUGAAUAACCCCGAGCCCAUUCCUCAGUCAGUUUCGCUAGAGAAGCAGCUGUCAGAAUUUUCUGUUCACAAAUCCGCCUCGAUCGGCGAUCUGCACGAGCAGAUGUUAGCAAAUGGUCCCUUGGUCUCCAAAGCGAUAUCUGUGGACAUCCACGACCAUCAGACAGUAACGGUGCUCGGUCAGCAGUCCACAAGUCGCUUCUUGGCUGCGCCUGGACCAGAUGCAGAAGCGGCUUAUUCGGACACAGCAUUCUUCGACCAGUUGGCGGAGGAGGUCUCCAAGCUUAGUAAGCUGCUGCAGGGUAUUAAGCGAGAGUUCGAAUCUAAGGUUGAGGACCUGAGCAAGAUCCUGACCGUUGUCUCGUCGCCUUAUAACAAGGACAUGUACUCGUGGAGAGAGAUCCUUAAGAUCUACCGGGACGCGCAGGUUUUUGUUGGUGAACAGGAGUCGGACCGGUCCUCGCGAUCAUCGGAAAAGGCCCAAGGGCGACUUCAAUGGUUUCUGAAGGAGAUGGAACGCAGAGAGCUAACUCUAAAUUUCAAGCAGGAAAAGUCCAAGAUCGCAUUCAACACCUUUUUCCAGCUGAACUGCAAGCUCAUAAUGAUCAAGCAAUUCAAGGAGUUGAAUAAGUCCGCCAUAACCAAAAUUCUUGAUAUACAUGACAAGCGCACUAAUCUCACUGCAAGCUCCGGGUUCCCCAAGCACCUUCAGCAUGAACCUUUUUACAACAGCUGCGUCUCAAAGGCAAUCACACACACCAUCGAGUGUCAAUUGCUGUCAAUCGUCCCCCAGCCUGAUGACUACGCAUGUCCCAUUUGCAUGGCGGUUGCCUGGAAGCCCAUCCGAUUAAACUGCAGCCACGUGUUUUGUGUUCGGUGCCUGGUCAAGGCUCAGCGUACAAAGAUACUCCACUGCCCUAUCUGUCGAUACCCUAAUUCGGUACUCGACGCUAAAGGCAGCAAUCUGGAUGUUUCCUUGAUGAAUUUUUUGGAGCUCUAUUUCCCCAAGGAGGUCAAAGACAAGCGAAAAGACUCGAACCGGGAGCAAGCUGCCGAGGAGAUGGAAGCAUUAACAGGACAGCGCUGGACAGAGGCGCCAGAUUCAGCUUGCUGGGCAAGGCAGGAUAACUUGUCCCAUCAACUGCCUGGUGCAGUAUAUGCAGAACAGGAGCGAGAAGACGAGCGUGAAGACGAGGGUGGGGCGAACCGAAAGGCCAGGUUCAUGGAGCAGUUUCGAGAUCUCGUGAUUGGGAUGGCAAAGGUUAUGCUGUUCUUUGAUCGAAUGACGGACAACAUCAACAAGCUAAACCCUGCAAGGGUGACUUCUGCACUCGAGGAUAUCUUCAGCAACAGCAACAGCAACAGCAACAGCAACAGCAACAGCAACAGCAACAGCAACAGCAACAGCAACAGCAACAGCAACAGCAACAGCAACAGCAACAGCAACAGCAACGGCAACGGCAACAACUGCUACUAA